AUGAAAGAUUGCAGCAGAUCCGAUGUACAGGGAAUCCUAGUUCUUGCAGGCCCUCUUCUCUAUUAUAAGCUAAUUAACUGGGGCAGGAGAGUAAGGCGUGUAAGUGGGUCUCACCACAAUGAGACCUUCAUGAUGACCCAAACGGACCCAGAUAGAAUGUACAUUUGGGCCUAG